AUGAGUGCUGUUGUUAUGAAUACUGCUGCUGAUAUCACAAUUGCUACAAAAAAAUUGCAUGAUAUGACCAUUGAUGAGCAAAAACAACUUUACGGAAAUCAACCAACUUUGAAUGUUUACCUAGCAAAUCUUGCAAGGAGAGUUAGAGAGGAAGUUCCAAAGGGAUAUCGAUUACCAAAAUCCAUGAAGCAGAUUCAAUGA